CCAAGAUCUGGAAAAUGAGUACGAUGGAGCUUAUUACGCGCGUUCUGGCCCAUAGUCUACCGGUGCUGGUGGUGAUUCUCAUCGGCUAUUGGAUGGGGAGCGGACUCACAGCUUAUGCGGUCAAAGACGGCGUGGUGACUGCUAGAGACACUUCGGGCUUUUUUUUUUCGUGGAGUCACGGAGACGCCCGGGUGUUCAAUUGGCACCCGCUGCUCAUGAGUUUCGGCUUCGUCUUCUGCUCGAUGCAGGCGGCUCUGGCCUACAUCUCGUUGCCUUUUAGCCAUAAAGUUAACAAGCGUAUCCACUUGUCGCUGCAUGCUCUGGGCUUCCUGAGUGCGGUGCUGGGGGCUGUGGCUGUUUUCCGCUUCCACAACGAGCACAGCAUCACCAAUCUCUACAGUCUUCACAGUUGGCUCGGACUUGGCGUCUUGAUCCUCUUCUCCGCGCACUGGUUGGGCAGCUUUAUUGUGUUCUUCUAUCCCGGCGCGGAGAAGAAUGUUCGUGCGUCUAUCGCUCCGUACCACAUUGGGGUCGGACUGUCCAUUGUGGGGCUUGUAGUCGCGACUAUCGAAGCAGGUAUCCUGGAGAAACUGGCGUUCAACGGCAGCUGCAACGUGAACGGCGAACUGAACGGCGAGCCUGUGAAGGGCUACAUGGCGUCGGAUUGCGUUCUGGGCAACGUCAUUGGCUUGCUGGUGGCGCUGAGUCUCGUUGCGCUGGUUGUCACGAUCUGGCACGCGAAGCACCAGGAACCGGUCAAGCAGGUGGGAGACGAAGCCACUCCGUUGUUGCUGGGCAGCUCGGGCGAUGAAAGGACGGAGAUCUCGGUCUGA